AUGUAUUUUAGAGAAGCAAAUCAUUUGUUGCAUAAAACAAAACUGUAGGAGCUAAUUAACAAGAUUUUAUCAAAGAGCACUACUUCAGCAAUUGCGAAGAAGUUAUGGACUAAUAUAUGUAAAAGACAAAAUAAAUGUUUUGUGAACACCGAGGAGACGACGGAACAAGAUAAUCGUGACGACGACCACAACUAACAACAAAUGGCCUUCUCUCCCAACCCUCUCUCCCUAAGCGUUCCCGAUCCUGCUUUCGAAUCUUGGCUCCGUGACUCCGGCUACCUCGACCUCCUCGAUCACCGCACCUCCGCCGCAGCAGCAGCAGCCGCCGUCCCCGCCUCCUCCUCAUCCUCCUCAGCUGCCGCCGCACCUUCUUCCGCCUCCGACGACGUCGUCUCCUCCAUUACCGGCGGCUUCUUCGCCUCUCUUUUGUCUCUUCUGACUAUCAACCCCUUCUCCAAGCUAUCCGCCGACGACUUCUCAGGCGAUACGCCUCCGUGGACCACCGGUUUCUUCGGGGCGUGCGACUCCUACUCGUUCCCGGCGUCUUCUCAGCAGGCGAGGAUGAGGGUUCAUGAGAACAUCAAGAGAUUCGCUAGGAAUUACGCAACGUUGUUCAUCGUCUUCUUCGCUUGCGCAUUGUAUCAGAUGCCACUUGCAUUGGUGGGGUUGUUAGCAAGUUUAGCACUUUGGGAGCUGUUCAAGUACUGCAGUGACAGAUGGGAGUUUGAUCGUCACCCUUCUGCUCGGAAGCUCGUUAUUGGUAUUGGACAGUGCGCGACUGCGGUACUUCUGACGUUUUUGAAUGUCCAAAUGGCUCUUUUCUCUGCUCUUGCGGUCAGUUAUUCAGUUAUGCUAUUACACGCCGGGUUCAGGAAGCUCACUCCCUCCAAGAAACCUUCUCGAGGAAGAUAAAGACUGCAUCAAGACAGUAAUUUUGGAUUUGGCUAUGAGAUUCAUUAGCAGUUUUGGUAGCUCAGACAAACAACAACCACAACAGCAGCAAAGCUAGAUGGUAGAUUAAGAAAGUGUGAAUUGUUAGACAUCAUCUCAAAUCACAAUUUGUAAUAAGUAAAAGAGAAAGUCUAUGAUGAAUGGUGAGAAUAUAGACUACUUGAGUAGAUGAUAUACAAUUGUUUUAUUACCCCCAUCACUAGUAGGAUUUCUCACGACAACUUGCUUUCUACUUGCAUCUCCGCGGUAUCUAACAUAAAUUGAUAUUGAUGUAUGUUAUAACAUCAUCUACGUUUAUAUUUUCAUCCUGCUAACCAACGGCGGAUCCAGACCAAAUAUUUGACGGGAGCCUAUAAUUAAUAAUAUAUUUAUUUAAUUUAUAAAGUAUAAAGUAAUAAUCUAUUGAAAAUAUUGAAAGCUACUAAUCAUAACAAUAAUCAUCUACAGAAUGUGAAAAUAAUUAACGUUAAGUUUUUCAACUCAGGAUUUUUUUUAUAAAAUAACUUUAAAAGUUCUUAAACUUCUUUGCAAAUGUUAUUAAUCACAAUAAUUCUAUUACACUUGAAAAUAAGUAGAAAAUAUUCUUCAAGUGUACAUAUAUAUAAAAAUAUAUCAAUAUCAUACAUAACUUGUUUUUUCAUCAUAUCAUACAAACUAAACUCUAAAAUAUGAAAUAAAAAUGAAUAGAUCAUUUAUUAUUUUAAAUGGUUGGUUUUAUUUACGAACAAUUGUGAAUGUUUAAUAUUAAAAAAGUACUUAAGAUGUGGAUAAAAAAGUAUUUAAAUGUGGUGUAAGCACUUGCAAUCGAAAUAAAUAUAUAAAAAAUAAUAGAAAACUAUGAAAACAAAAAUACAAAGGAUGAAGUAGGGAAAAUGCUAUAGUUAUAACUGUAAAGAAAGAUACGAUAAGAGUAGACGUGUCAAACAUCAAAUAAAUUGUACAUUGAGAGGGAAAUAAAAACAAGAUUAGACAUGCCAAACAAAAUAAUAAAGAGAAAAUUACACUUAGAGACAUUUUUUUACUUAUCAAUUACAUGGAGUCAUUUCCCACAUAAGACACACUUUCAUCUUAUUCUUUGUCUAUUAUACCUUCCAACUUAACUUUCUAAAGCUAACUUAUAUAUUUCAACUAAACAAUGUACCUGACUGACUUCUAACUUUUUUGACAGAUUUAUGGGUUUUUCGUUUUAUUACAGAUUUAUCUGAAAAAAAAUUCUUAAAAGACACGAACCAACUAUUGUAUUUCUCUAUAUAAUUAUAAAUUGUUCUUCUUUCAUUAAUUGUCUUCAUCUGUAUCUCUUUUUUUCGGUCAAAUCAUCUGUAUCUCUUCUUAUAAUUAUAAAUUGUUCUUCUUUCAUCAAUCGUCUUCAUAUCAUUUUCUUUCUAAAAAUCAAAUCAAACUCAGAGAAAAAAAAUCAAUAGCUUUCCAACGCCUCCUCUCUCUCCACUAGAUCUCUCUACGGCGGCCUUUCUCACCGUCACGUCAACCGUCAAUCCUCCUUCACUGUUCAUCACUCUGUCAAAUCUAAGUCCGUUAACCUCGUCAUGGCAGUUCACACGGCGGAGCCAUCCAGAAACACCGUUUCACUCAAAGACUCUGUUUCUUCUCAUGGUGCAUUGAAAUGGAUGUCGGAGAGCUGGAAAUUGAAAAAGAACUCGUCCACAAGAAGUUGCCCACGAAACUUUUUGUAGGAUUAAUAACCUUGUAUAUACUUCUUUCUGUUUUAAAUCAGAGACAAGACAGCGAACUAUAUGAUUGGAAAAAGUUGUAAAAACAAGUCUUAUUGCACAUUGUCUUUCAACAAUCUUUAUUCAAGA